AUGAAGAAACGAAUGCUUGUUGAGGAGCAAGAAUCAAUUUCUGGUGACUUGGAGUAUCAGACUUUCUCCUACAGUCGUCCAACCAUUAUUACGAAACCUUCUGGCUUUUCAAUUUCUCUUAAUGAUGAUGACGAUGAUUCUGCAAUUUCUGUAUCUUCAUGCGAAACUUCAGAAUAUAAUGGAGAUGCUACAAGUACGUAUGGAGUAGAGGAACCACUUCUUUUUCCUAAAAGAAAAGUCCUAAAACCACCUACUCAACUCGGAAGACAAUACUCAACUAUGGCUGUUGCAAGUGCCUCCAUUUGCCUUAAACCAGGUGAAUUGAAAAACUCACUCUUUCUUGAUUUAAACUCUACAGAUAUGGGUUGUGAAAGUGCCCAAUCUUCUGCUAGAAGUGGAGCAAGUUUUCUCUCUGUUCAGAGUAGAGAGCAAGGAAUGCAAACACUGAAAAGGGCUGCAGGAUUCAAGAAGGGACUUUCGUCCAGGCUUCUCAAAGGAUUGCAAAGCUCUAAUAAUUUACUGAACGGUCUUGCUAAUUUUGGACAAACAAUCGAAUCAGAAUAUUGUGAAGGUGAGACAGAAGCAGAGUCUGAACAAGCAAUUGAUUAUACACAUGAUGCAUUCGAUUUGGUGAGUGAUUUGCAAGUGUAUGGAAGUGUAAUGAAUGGAUAUACUGAAAAUGACGCACCACUCAUGCAGGAAGAAUCUGAGGAGUUGAAUUCUGCCAUAGAUCAAAUGAUGUUGUGUGGAUUUCCUAUCAUUAUAUUCAAUGAGAAGUUUGAAAUCGAGUAUUUAAAUCCAGAAUCUGAGAAAUUAUUUGGAAUUCAUUCAUUUGUGGCUCUAGGCGAAAAUCUUUCAAAGUAUGUGGAUGAGCAGUCAAUUAUGGACAUUCAGAUGGAAAUUGAAAGAUUUACUGGUUCAUUGAAUUCUUGGGAUAUAACAGAAACUCAUUGUGCCUCUCAUGGAUUGCCAUAUUCAAUUGCAAGGAAAGAGGAACGAUCGAGAAGAAGACGAAAGCUUUUGGUAAGAGAUUUAAAACUCACAUGCUAUUCAAACGUACUCAAGAAAUCAUUCCCUUGUCACGGUAAAGUUGUCACCGUUAAAAAAACUGGCACGAUUCAUUACUGUCUCUACAUUCAACAAUGUAAAACAAGUGAAGAAGAUGAGAAACUUAUGAAAAACAAGACUAUUUGUGAUUCAAUUACUGAACUUUCAGUCAUUCCAAUCAUUGCUAUUACCCAGGAAGGAAUCAUUCAGGUUUUUAAUCAUUCGGCUGUGAAUGUUUUUGGCUAUCAGAAAUAUGAAGUUCUCGGUAAAAACAUUAAAAUGCUUUGCAACUCUUCAGAUAGAAGAAAGCACGAUUACUAUUUAGAGAGAUACAUGAGAACUGGUCAGAAAAAAGUAAUUGACAGUGUAAGGUUCCUCAAAGCAGAAGGGAAAUGUGGACGAAUUCUCUCAAUAGAAACCAGAAUUUCAGAAGUAAUUGAUCCAAAAAGUCAAAAAUCUCACUUUAUUGGAUUCAUUAGAGAUACUGGAAUGGUUGCAACGAAAGAGGAACAAUUGACCAGAAUAACGGAUCGAAUUUUCCCUAAAAACAUUGCACAAAGACUUUCAAUGGGUCUGAAAGUUAUUGACUCUAUUGUAUGUUGUACAUUGCUCUAUUGUGACAUUGUUGGAUUUACCAAAUUGACUAGUGACAUGAAUCCAACAAGUGUUAUCAAGAUGCUCCAUGAUAUAUUCGAAAACUUUGAUGAUUUAUGCUCCUCCAACAAGCUGGAAAAGAUUAAAACCAUUGGAGAUUGCUAUUUCCUAGCUGGUGGUCUUUAUCAUAGCUCAUCCUAUGACGAACCGAAACAUGCAGAGCAAUGUGUUAAGUGUGGCUUUGAAAUGAUUAAAUCCAUUGAGAAAUUCAAUGAAAAGAGAGCAUUUCUGGGUGGAGGGAACUAUCCUAACAAGAUUGGUGUCCGAAUUGGAAUUCACACCUCUACCAAUAUUACAGCAGCAGUUGUUGGAAAGUUCAAGCAAAGUUUUGAUUUGUUUGGUGAGGGAGUUUCUCUGUGUAAUUCUAUUGAGGCAAAUGGUAGAAUGAAUCAAUUGCAUAUUAGUGAAGAAACCUUCAAGAUGCUCCAUCCCUCAACAAGACAAUUAUUCGAACCAAACCUCUCCAGUUCACAAUUAAAUGGUCAACUGGUGAACACUUUCCUGUCCAAAUCUUAA